GUUUAUUCCAUUUAUAUUAUAUAAUUAAAAUAUUAAAAUCACAAUUCAUGAAAAAUUUUUUAUUUUAAUGAAUGCUGGCGUCACUAGAAGUACGCUUUACUCUCUCUUUUCCUGGUUUGGAGAUAGGUUUAAUGCUAAAACGACAUUUAAAAAUAAAAGAAAACUUAGCAAAUAUGUUCUCACUAUAUGUACGUAGAGUAGUUUACGGUGGACAUGAGUUUUCGCCGUUGUUAACGUUGCAAUAUCAACGUGGCUAUAGCCCUCGUAAGCUGUUUAAAAUGUUAAAUAUAUAUUUUCUGUAUCAUCCACGUCAAUUAAAAAUGUUUCAAACUUUUGAAGAAUGUGUUUUUCAAUCAACGCAAAAGCGACCAUGCUCCACAUUAAUAGAAAAAAGUAAUAAGCAAAUAAUUUUACAAAGAACGCCUAAUAAGUAUAAAAGCAACGAACAGAAAUACGUUCAAUAUACCGAAGACCAAAAAUAUGGGGAGGCAAUAGAGACUUUGAACGCUUUGCAGACGAACGCUGAGGCCUUGCGUUUAUCUAUGAAACACAACAUUAAUCAUUUGGAAGAUACCCACAAAUAUUUGUUGCGAAGUGGGCUAACAUUGUUCGAUCUGAAAGAGCUCUCCUAUAUUCAUGUAUCGGGAACUAAAGGAAAGGGUUCUACUUGCGCUCUCACCGAGUCUAUUUUAUAUGCUUACGGCCUUAAAACGGGUUUUUAUAGUUCACCGCACUUGGUAUCCGUGACCGAAAGGAUACGAGUUAAUGGUGAACCGAUAUCAAAAGAGAAAUUUACUCGAUAUUUUUGGAAGAUCUACGAUAAACUGCAAGAUGCCCAGGAUUAUGAACAUGACAUGCCUGGUUAUUUUAAAUUCUUAACUAUAUUGGCAUUUCACGUGUUCCUAGAAGAGAGGGUAGAUGUAGUUAUUUUAGAAGUGGGUAUUGGCGGCGAAUUAGAUUGUACUAAUAUUGUACCGAAUACAAAGACUGUGGGCAUAACUUCGCUUGGCUUGGAGCACACAAAUCUAUUAGGCGAAACAUUGAAUGAAAUUGCAUGGCAAAAAGCAGGUAUUAUAAAACCAGGCUCAAUGGUAUAUACCACGGUAGCUCAAGAAGACUGCAUAAGAAUAAUACGUGACAGAUGCAAAGAGAAAGGUGGUGCUGAUCUUCAUAAAGUACCGGACUUUGAAUUAUAUUUUCAAGAUGAGAAAGAUCGUGAGUUAAAAAAGUCAUUGAAUCAUGUCAUUUUAUUAAAUGGCUCCCUGGCCAUACAACUGGCUUAUGAUUGGUUGAGGCAAAAUCGUAAAGAUAUGACUGAGAGGAAAGAAAUUAAUAAGGCAUACUUGACGAAGCAAGUGGUGGAGGGUUUGAUAAAUUGCCAUUGGCCGGGAAGAUGUCAAAUGAUUAAAUAUUUAAAUUUAAACAUGUAUUUGGAUGGUGCCCACACCUCGGAAAGCAUGAAGAUUUGUGGUAGCUGGUUUUCUCAAUCUGUCAGUUACUCUGAGAAUCCGAAAAUAUUGAUUUUCAAUAUCACCGGUGAUCGCGAUUCAACAACACUUUUAAAAAUUCUGAAAAGCUUCUCCGUUUUCGAUUUAGUUUGCUUUUUACCGAACGUCAUUACUAGUGCCACUACUAAUACCCCAGACACACAAUUAAUUCACGCUCAUAGAGAACAGUUGGAACGCGCAAAAAUGCAUGCAUGCAACUGGGAACUUUUAUGUUUGGAAGAUCAGACACCAAAUUUUGCUAAGAUAUGAUGUUCACAAAUUUCACCAACAUACUUUAUCCAUAUUCGCGGAUGACACAGCAAUUCGAAGCCUGAAAUUAAUGGCAUUGAUAUACUAGCUUAUCUAUAAAGAGCACUGGAUGAAAUAUUAUCCUACUUUAAUAAAUAGAAAAUACCAAUAAGCUACUAAAAAAUGAAGGCAACAUAUUGCAGUAGGAAACAUGGGGUUUGCUAUAUCCCACAGGCCAAUAUAAUGACGAAUAAUAACACUCGCCAGCGGAGAGCAAAAGUGAAAUGUUUCGAUGCGUGAUUACAAUAUAAAAUUAAAAAGUCUAUCCAAGUCGAGUGUAUUGAUAAGUUGAAACUCCUGAGCAACGAAAAACAAUAAAAAACUCUAGUAAAGUCUACGCAGCCCUU